GGUGGUGCUUAACACAAUGAAGACGCGAAUUUUUUUAGUUUUUGUGUCGUCUUUGACUUUAUUGCUGGUAUCUCGUUCCGGUGCAGAUUUGGCUCAUAUAAAUUCAAAUGAGAAGAAAUGUAACGAAUAUUGUUUUUCUGCCUUAUCACAUAUUUUUGAGCAUUUUGCGGAGCUGAAACAAGCCGUUGAUGAGAACGCCGAGUUGAACAGAAAAAUAAAUACAAUGACAGCAACUAUCGAAGGCUUGAAGAAUCAGUUGUUCAUGUCUGAGCAUCAGAUUUCAGACCUAAGGAAUCAUAUCGAAUCUCUUAAAAAAACCAUAUCCGAAAGAGCGGACGAGGGAAAAACUAUCUCCGAACUAAGUACUUAUAUCAAAUCUUUUACGAAAACGAUGUCUGAAAGAGUCGAACAAGACGAACAUUUUCCAGAAACAUGUCCCAGUGGCGUUCCGAAUGGCAUUUACCAGGUAAAGCCGCAUGGUAUGGAACCCUUUAAAGUGCCAUGUGUUUCACUUGCCUCGGGAUGGACGGUAAUUCAGAGACGUUUCGACGGAUCCGUGGACUUUAAUCGAACCUGGGAGGAGUAUAAAAAUGGGUUCGGGGACAUUAAAGGCGAAUUUUUUAUUGGGCUAGAAAAAAUUCACUUGCUAACGGAGUCUCGACCGCAUGAACUUUACAUUACCCUUCGGAAAGUUAAUGGAUCCACCGGCUACGCUCAUUAUAAUGACUUCAAAUUAGGCAAUGAAAACGAAUCAUACGAACUUAAAACUUUGGGAAAGAUCUCUGGCACAGUCGGAGAUUCAUUAGAAUACCACAAGAAAUGCAAGUUCAGUACAUUUGAUAACGACAAUAAUUGCGCUAGAAGUCACGGUGGAGGAUGGUGGUUCAAGGACUGUGCAAAAAGUUCCCUGAAUGGACAAUUCUAUAAAGAUGGUCAAAGGGAAGACCAAGGAUCAUAUGGCAUUUUUUGGGGCUCCUGGCAGUCCUACAACUACCAAAUAUCACUUACCUUCGUCGAAAUGAUGAUAAGACCUAAAGCUUUAUAAGCUUGUGGACGACGGAACCGAUUUAUCCAAAAGACAUACUUCUAUCAAAUAUUAACAAAUGUGUAAAAAAUUUGAGUUCUGUGUCAAAAAGAAACAUUUAAAAAGCUUUUAACAAUUUUAAACAAAAUAAAUCAGAAAGUAACUGUAUUUGGGAGGAA